GUUCUGGUGGUUCUGGUAGUUCUGGCGGCACCGUCGAUCCGGUCGUACGGGAGACUUGAAACAGCCAGCAGUCUCCUGCCGCGCGUUGGGAUGAACGGUCGCGUUGUCCGAGCUCAGCCUCGCAGAGACCCUCAUGGAACUAGAUUAUAUAUUGUUUAGGGGUUCCUACGACCGUUGGUGUUUAACUCGGGAUCCCGUACGGGAUAAAUUCAUAUUAAUGUAACAUUUACCCAGACUUGACUCGAUAUUAAAUGAACUAUAAUUAACGUUCAUCGGUAAAAAGGCUCGACCUUUGACGCAGCUAUUCUAGACCUAUUCCCAAAAGACUCGAACGCACCUGACUUGAGAUAGCUGAGGAAUUAACGCCGUCAACUUUGGGUCGUCCCAGUUGAAGAAAAGUUUUCAAGCACUCACGAGUCCUCGUUAGGAUUUCGGCUAUCUCUGGAAAACAUUCGCGCUGGUAUAUCAGCUCGACGAGUCGAAAAUGUUGGGUGUAGCGAGGAACGGAUCGUUACUUCUAUUUCCUGGUGAACCGAUCCCUCAUGGCGUUCGCCGCUGAGGCUUAUGUCGUUCACGCAUUAGAUCGCUCCGAAUCGACACUUCGAACUCGUUUCAGGGCAGUGAACUUUCCCCGGCACGAUUAUAUAUCCGAUACGUAAAGAGUGCGAUUCAGGGCAGUUUAGAUAAGAAGAAAAAAAUAACAAUUAUAAUGGUUCGCGUAACUGAGAAUAGAUCGAACAUCGAUUGACGCAAUUCCCAAACGAGAUGCAGGAGUUUGUGAUAAAAAUGAUGCUCUUCUGGGUGAUUAGGAUAUUACUUAGCUACAAUACAGCUGUGUGUUUCGCGUUAUUUGCCGGCGAUGCUACCGCCGAACCCCUGAGGUACGCCGCACCGGAGGAUUGCGCUUGGCAUUCACAUAAUUCCGACGAUGAAGUGUCGCUGACUUGUUCGCUUAGGUCGAUCAACAGUGAGUUCGACACGACGAACUUUAGCUUAAUACCUAGUGAGCACACGACCGCGUUGAAGAUAGAGUGCGACUCUUCCAUUUCAGCAAAAAGUUCACUCAGCGAGGGUAGCUUCGCCCACCUUCACAAGCUACGAGAACUUCACCUGGAUGGAUGUAAAUUUGCCAAUUGGCCCGCGGGCACUCUUAACGGGUUGAAAAAUUUGCGCACCCUUACCAUCAGGACACGAAACACCGAUUAUCCUCCUUUCAGUUUGGAAUUGUUUCCGGAUUCAUUCGCGGUUACGCCUCAGAUGGAAAAAUUGGAUCUGUCCUCUAACAACAUAUGGUCUUUGCCAGAUCGUCUAUUUUGCCCUCUGCCUGCGUUGGUAUAUUUGAAUGUGUCCGGCAACAGAUUACAAGACGUCACGGAGCUCAAUUUUCGAGAAAUUAGCGAACCCCAGCCGCAAUCCUUGCUCGCGGAUUCGGAAGAACCGCCUACAAGUUCGAGCUCUUGUUCCUUGGACAUUCAAAUCCUCGACGUCUCCUCCAACCAUCUUGUUGUACUUCCUUCCAAAGGAUUUUCCACGCUUAGGCGGUUGAAAGAAUUGCGUUUGUCGAGAAACGAGAUCAAUAUGGUCGACGACAAGGCACUGUUUGGUCUUCGUAGCCUUGAGAUAUUUGAUCUGUCCGAAAACAGGGUAGUCGCACUACCCGCUGAGUUGUUCAGAGAUACGGCGAACACCAUCACGGAAAUCCACUUGCAAAAUAAUUCACUGAGUGUUCUGGCGCCUGGGCUGUUUGCUGACUUGAAGCAACUGAUCGCCUUAUAUUUGUCUAGGAAUUCAUUGACCAGUACUUGGUUCAGUUCCACAACCUUUUCGGGGCUGAUCAGAUUGGUUCUACUUGAUUUAUCUAGGAACAAAAUUGCAACACUUGAACCAGCACUUUUCAAAGAUCUAUACACCGUUCAAAUUCUGAACUUGCAAAACAAUGAACUGGAAGUGAUUCCUCCCGAUACCUUUUCACCAAUGAGCAACCUGCAUACUCUUGUGCUGAAAAACAAUCGUCUUGCUUACCUGGACGCCUACUCUUUGAACGGACUAUUUGCGCUUUCUCUCCUAGCUCUCGAUUCUAAUCAGCUCGAGGGAAUACAUCCAGACGCUUUUCGAAACUGUUCGAGUCUGCAAGAUCUGAAUUUAUCUGGUAAUAAUUUGGACAGCAUCCCAGCAGCUCUCAAGGACAUGCGAAUGCUUCGAACAAUAGAUCUCGGUGAAAAUCAGAUAAAAAGUUUGGUGGAUCCAGGCUUCAAGGGUAUGUCUAGUUUGUACGGCUUGAGAUUAAUUGGAAACGAAAUAGCGAAUGUUACGAGAGCAGCUCUCGCGGAGAUGCCAGGCUUGCAAAUAUUGAAUCUCGCGAGGAAUAAGAUCGAAAGGGUGGAGAAUGGUGCCUUCUCGGGGAGUCCGGCGCUUCAGGCUGUGCGUCUCGACGCCAACUUUAUCCAAGAUAUCAGCGGAAUAUUCCUUAACGCUCCCGGUUUACUUUGGCUGAACGUAUCCGACAACGUGAUAGAAUACUUCGAUUACAACUUGCUUCCAAGGGGAUUACAGUGGUUGGAUUUGCACAAAAAUGAAAUUUCCGAUCUCGGUAUAGCUCCGCCGGAACUUCGCCUCCAAACUCUGGAUGCAUCCUUCAAUCGAAUCACCAAAGUUCCCGCAAAUUCUUUGCCCGAAUCCAUUGAACUACUAUUUCUAAAUGACAACCUGAUACACAGCAUCGAACCGCACACAUUCGUAGCCAAGGUGAACCUCACCAGGGUUGACUUGUACGCAAACCAAAUCGUUAGUAUGGAACUAUCAGCGUUGCAGCUUGCCCCUGUACCAGCCGACAGACCUUUGCCGGAGUUUUACGUUGGCGGAAAUCCGUUUCAAUGCGACUGCACCAUGGAGUGGCUGCAAAGGAUAAACGCGUUAACUAUGCGUCAGCAUCCUCGAGUUAUGGAUUUGGCAUCGGUUUAUUGCCGCCUCCCCUACGAUAGACGAAAGUCAUUCGCGCCCCUCCUGCAAGCAUCCCCUUCGCAAUUCCUCUGCACUUAUAAAACGCACUGUUUCGCUCUUUGCCACUGCUGCGACUUCGACGCCUGCGACUGCGAAAUGACAUGUCCGACAAAUUGUACCUGCUACCACGAUCAGUCGUGGUCGGCGAAUGUGGUGGACUGUUCGAGGUCAGGGUACACAAACCUACCGGGAAGACUCCCCAUGGAUGCAACGGAAGUCUAUCUGGAUGGAAACGAGUUCGGAGAAUUGACAUCACACGCUUUUAUUGGACGAAAGAACCUGCAAAUACUUUAUGCAAAUAACAGCAACAUCGUAGCUAUUCACAAUCAUACAUUCAGUGGUCUGAAGAGAUUGAUUGUUCUUCACCUUGAAAACAACAAAAUAAUAACUCUGAGGGGAUCGGAGUUGGCCGCUUUGGUAGGUCUGAAGGAACUCUAUUUGCAAAAUAACUUACUGGUUCAUAUAGACAAUGGGACUUUUCUACCGCUGAGAGAACUGGAGGUCCUGCGACUGGAGAACAAUAGAUUGACGACUUUCGCGGUAUGGCAGUUGGCUCAAAAUCCUUACCUGGUGGAUAUCGGUCUCGUGAACAAUCCCUGGAGCUGCGAGUGCGGGUAUUUAGGUCGCUUCAAGGAAUGGAUAACCGUACAUAAGGCCAAGAUCACCGAUAUAGCUAGAGUCUCCUGUGCCUUGGGGUCUCCCCUCGACGUUCACGGAAACACUUCAGUGAUAAAUUGCGCUGCGUUGUCCGGUGCUACUCCUGCCAUCGAGACACGCCCUCUCGAAGGCUACCUUCCUCUGUUGCUGGCUACAGCGGCUCUGUUCUUUGCACUGAUUGGACUUCUAUGCGGAGCUUUGAGACACAGGCAGACCCUCAGAACAUGGGCUGCUGGCAGGUGCGGAUUAAGGGCGUGCUACAAAACCGCGGCAUUCGAAGAAAGCGACAGACCCUUCGAUGCCUACAUCUCCUAUUCGGCCAAGGACGAGGCGUUCGUGUCAAGAUCUCUCGCUCCGGGUCUCGAGAUGUCCUAUCGACUGUGUCUCCACUACCGUGAUCUCAGUUCCGGUUCCAACGUCGCCGACGCCGUCAAUGAAGCGGCUGAUUCCUCACGACGGACCGUCCUCGUAAUAUCGAGAAACUUCAUUCACGGAGAGUGGUCGAGAUUCGAGUUUAAAGCAGCCCUGAGGAGCAUCCUCAGGGAUAAAGGCCGUUCGGUUAUAUUCUUAAUGGUCGGUGGCGUAAGUCCGCAGGAUCUCGACUCGGAUUUACGCAAGCGAAUCGCUUCGCACACAGUGAUUGCAUGGGGGGAUAAAUUAUUCUGGCAAAAACUCAGAUUCGCUAUGCCGGAUCCACCCGCAUCACUGGUAACACUGGACAGAGGGCUACCUCCACCUCCACUACCUCCGCCUCCGCAUCACCUGUGGGCGUAGCGGAUGUUACAAUGCAGCCGAGAACUUUGGCCUCUGGAACGGUUGGAGUUGAGCUGCAGUUACCACAUGAUCAAUCACGAUAUUCUCCACCCAGCGAUACCCUCCGACGAAUAUGACGACCUCCGUAAAGAAUCAUCGCAAUCGUGCUCGCGAUUUUGUGAAAGUGGCUACUGAAGGUGCCGGACUUUUUUGCAUCCAUAAAUGAUUCAAAAAAUUUGAAUCACACGAUGCAAUUGCGUUGUUGUCAGUGUAAAAUUAUUACGAUGAUUAUUAGAAAAUAUAAGUGAAUUUGCGCAUCGAGAGAAAAAAAAAAAAAAAAAAAAAAACAAAGAAACGAAUGAAUGAAAAAUGUAAAUCAUCCGUUCUUUCGAGAACAGACGGUAACUCUCGCUUAAAUUUAAAUAUCCUAUACAUGUAAAUAUUACCUACCUCCGAAGGUAUACACGUAUGUACAUUUAUACUUGAAUUGUAUUAUUACUACGACAACAGCUGAAUAGGUACUGGGUAAAUAGUAUGCUUCCUGUUACACGUAGGAUACAACCAAGGAUCCUACUGUCGGCGCAUAAAGUUUAUAAGAGCCCUCAGUUUGAAAGUUUAUAACUACGAAGAAAAGAGUGAUAGAGCAGAAAAAUGGUUUAAAAGCUUGGAGUGUUCUGCGUCUGAUGACUCAUUUUCGAGUUUUGACAAAAAGCUUUACAAAAGAAGCUUGUUACAUGUAGCGACGUGCGGUGCGGAGAGAUGUGAGAGUGCAGCGACGCUGUAGCGGCUGGGUAGCCGCUUAACCCGUUCCCGAGAUCGCCUCUCUGUACUUCGGUGCACCUGGGUGCCAUGUUUUACAAUAUUUUCGAAAUUUUCCAACGGUACCUUUCUGAAAAAUCUUUCAGGAACAUCUCUGAUUUUUUUUAGAAUUUUUCGAAUGCUUUUUUAGUAAGUAGUGACGCUGCAAAGUUAAUCGACUUCGGUUAACUCCGAAAAAACAACGUUUUUCGACUCUUCGGUGGUCAUAACUGUCGGAGUGUCUUUCUCUUGGAAUUCUAAAAUGAUUCAUCAGACGCAGAAUACUCAAAGCUUUUGAAGCUUUUUUCCGCCCUAUCAUUUUUUUCAUCGUAGUUAUAAACUUCCGAACUGAGGGCUCUAAACUUUGCGCGCCGACAGUAGUCUUAUGACGAAUUAGAUCCGAAUCGUUGAAUUUCAGUGUAUUUUGUGCGUCUUGCCCGGAUUUGUGUGACUUGCAUUCGCCGUUCGUUAAUUAUCGGGUGUUAUUGCGAAGUAGGUACACCAAUUUUUCGGCAGCGAUCGCGAGUCUAUUUUCCAGAAAAUUACCAUAACGUCGAUUGGAUUAGCAAUUUUGGUCGCGCCACAAAGGUCGCUCCAUCGCUAUGAGGAUAGUUCGAUCCUUUGGUCAGCGUUCCAAAAAGAGCUAUUUACCCGCUCUCGCGAGUUUCGUACAGCUAGUCGAAACAACAUUUUGCAAAUACGGUAUGUGUAUACCUGACGUUGAUCGUUUUUUGGUUAUCCAUGAUUUAAAGGUGUUAUCUGAAUUUAACCUAAAUCUGAAAUUAUAUUCGCGAUCACUGCUCCAAUCAUGUCUACAAAACAUCUAUCAGAUAGAAAUACUGGAUUCCCAUUCCGAUUGCAAUCUACUGACAGAAUUACGGUUGAUCUUGAUUGUUAAAUUGGUUCAAUGUAUUCUCUCUAUGUCCCACCGAAAUUUAGAUGCAUGAAAGUUCACGCUGAUCAAUUUCUAAUUUUUAUUUUUGGAAAAAAAACGAAUACGUAAAAAAGGGUCGACUGAUUCCACAUCGACUAGUAGAAAAUUAUACAGAUUCUUUCUUGAAAAUGUAAGCUCAAUGAUUCUUAUUCCUACUUUUCCCCUGUACAAUUGUAGAAAUUAUCAUUUCCUUAACUAUUAGUAUAUACAUAUUACAUACAAUUAUAUCAGCGUUACGACACGAAGAGAUAUUUUGAUAAAAUAUUUUAUAUAUAAUCCGUUGAAGUCAGUUGAAUUCUCGAAAAUACGUAUAUUAUGAAAUAAAAAAAACGAAUGAUAAUAAGAGGAGUGAAAAAAAAUUAAACUAAAUGAAGUAAUAAAAUAGUAUGAUAACGAAAUAAAAAGAAAAAAAAUUAGUUCGAUUUCGGUAUAAUUAUUCAUACGUUCGCGGAUAGGUACAACGAUCGUAAAAAAUGUUAGUUUCGCUAUUUGCGAGCGAGGUGAUCGGCUGAUAGCUUUUACAAUAGAGGUGAAUCGUAGCAUAAAUCGUAGCCAUAGCAGACACGUUGUAACAUUCAUCAAAUUAUACGUAAUAUAAAUGAAUUAGUCAUUUCUUUGCAUUGACAAAAUACACCCAAUGAGUGAAAAAUGAAUUGUUAAAAUGUAAUAUGUAUGAUACAUUGUACAGAUAUACGGGGACAUCGGCAGAUGAACACUGCUUAUUUCUUCUCAUAUGAUGCGGGCAUUUCAUUAUAUGUAUUCACCUGACGUUAUGCAGCUGCGAAUUUUUUUCUAGCUACUCGAUAAUGAUUUAACAGUUGUUGAUCGCGCCGCAUCGUGAAAUUAUUCUUAUUUUCAUAUUUCCAAUAAAUUGGAAUCGAGGUAUAAAAAUGAACGCAAUGUAUGCAAAUUUAUACAAGUGACCCGUAAUGCUCAGUGCCUGUUAAUUAUUUAUCGCUGACAAAUGACCAUUCGUUUCAUUUGACCAACUAGCGCUUCUUUCACUCCUCCCUCGACGAACAACGACGUUAAUUUUUAAUGAACAGUGUUAUUACGUACAGCUGCACCACGUUGAAAUUCACCUCCCUUUUGCGCGUACGAGUUGAUAUUUGAAAAUUGACACGCGAUUGUGCCAUUGUAUGCCGCAUCUUCGGAGAAUAAUAAUAUUGUGAAAUAUAUAGAUAAUUCGCGAUACGAAGCGUAUUGUAUGAUGUGCACGGAUAGUUGAUGGAAUGUAGCAUAUAUAAUGAGGGUCAUUUUUAUUUCGCGUAAAUUUUACACUUAAAAUUAUUACGAUAGCGUAUUAAACACACGCACGUUUUUUUUCGUUAUACAUUCUGACGAGAAGCUGAUAAUGAGAAACGACAGCGCUGUUCCCUGUUUUUGCAGCCGUGGCUGACUAUGAUGCGUAUAAUAUAAUAGCCUAAUUAUGAUAAGAGUACAUGGUGAGAAAACAGAAAAAAAAAAAUGGAUAGAUAAACAAACAACAAAAUCGAGCUUUUAUAUUUUCAGUGCGAGGUAAUAAUAAUAAUUAUUAGAGAAUGUUGAAUGAGAUAGGAAUUGAUACGUAUGUGUAAAUAUUGAUUGUCACGCUAUUCACCUUAUUACGUCAGUAAAUACGCAGGGUGAAUAAUGUAGAUAUUGAUUAUGAAGUAUACAUCGUGAUAACAGGGAUGGUGAUUUUUGUUUGAAACUUGCAUCGGUCAGGGUACAUAUUCUAUGUGAAUAGUUGAUUCGAUAGAAUUAAAAAAAGAAACUUUUAAUCAAUAUUAAGCGAUUUUGAGUGUUGUAUUCAUGUGCGACGAUUUUUUACGUCGAAGAUAACUAUAAGAGCGAAAUUUAUACACCUAUAUCAUCAUCUCACUGGGCACAUUAGCUCACCCUGCGUAAUAUAAUAUGAUAAAAUAUAUUCAAAUAUGAUGCCGCGUUAUUGAUAUAAAAUUUUUUUAUUAUCUCUCCACUACUUUGAAUAUUUUACCGCUAGAUCGCAUUAAAAUAUCAUAAAUAAUAUCAAUGAAAGGGAAUGGAAAUAUUAAUUAUUAUGUGAAACAAUAUUAUAUAUUGGAUCAAAAGUCAUGUCGUUGUGUAAUUUAUUCUGAACAAUUUUAUAUACACAUUAUAUGAAAUUAAUGCAUUAUAUUAUAUCCAAUAUCAGAUAUUUGAAAAAUUUCCAAAAAGAGAAGCUCUGAAUAUUUCCGAAUUAUAUAUAUAUUAACUAUUACGGUAAUGAUAUAGUGAGAAUUUCUUUUUUUUUUUAUCAUAAUUUCUUAUAUACAGCGUUUUCAUGGCAUGCUUUGCCUGAAACGCUUAAAUGUUGUUACCAUUUUUGUGGCUUUUAUCAACAUCGAAACUGUACAUAACGCGCGUUCUUCUAAGAUCAUCAUCAUCGUUGUUUAUCAGGACUCAUUAACCGACUGAAUACUUUUCAAUGGAUCUGUGUAUAGGUAUUUAUGGUGCGAAGAGAAACGAAAGAAGAUAAUUGAGACGAAAU